UGGCCGUAGGAUGGUGUGUGUGAGCGCCGACAACCCGGCUGUAACCACGGUGCUAGAGCUGACCGAGGCCAACUGUGUCCCGUCCAAUCAGAACAUCACAGUGCAGAUACAGACAAGAGGCAGCGUGACGCCUCAGCUGUAUGCUCGAGAUCUGGCCAUCACAGCAGUCAUCUGCUUUAUAGGUGGCGUUGUCCUGACCCUGCUGGUAGUUCUGAUCUACUAUCAAGUGUCUCGGAGGAAGAAACGAAAAGAAAGUAAAAGACAGAAAACGGAAGAAGAGGGAAGCAGCACAAUGGCAAAUCACCAUGUCAAUCACCUAGAUGUUAGAGAAAAGAGGAGGGACCUCCUCUUGCAAGCAAAUAGCAGCCAGCCUUGGGACAGGGAAGUCAUGGCGUUGGAUGCAAGGACAGAUGGCCAUGAUCGCCAGUUUAGGUCCCGAGCUGAGGAAAACAGCCGCCAUUUUAGAUGCCCGGACUGUAGCACCGAAGGGCAGAGGGGGAUGGGGCCGAACCCGAUGAGAUGGAACAAUAGAAUAAAUGGGGGGAUGGAGGUAGAGGAGGAAAUAGAGAGGAGGCAAGUGAAGAUGAUGACAGAGGAAGAAAGGAGGAGGAACGGGACUCAACAGGGAAUAAUCUUGAGCAGGGAUAUCCCCAACAAGCUUCUUUCUCAUGGCAACACCAACUCUUCAUCCCAUCCAAGGAAAGAAACCUUCAGUCAGAGACAAGAGACCCUGCCUGUUUACAGAGAGAUGGCUGAGAGCUACAGGACUGACAUGGAAGGGCAGAGGAACAGAGGACACGAGAAUUUACACUGCGAGAGCUGCCACAGGACAUACAGACCACCAGAGCAGAACACAAGACAAGGGAAGAUUCACACCAUCAUGGGAGACACAGAGAUUCUGUUUAAUGGCUUCCCUUCUCAGUACAGACACAUUGACAGGGGUAGGAAUGCCAACCACAACCAGUUUGACAUCGUGAAGAACACAGAGUUAAGAAGAGAAACAAGAAAUGUAACAUUUGAUCUGAAAAAGCUGAAAACCCAGGAGCACAGAAACAGUCAAGCCGAUGACAAGGAGGAAGAGAGGACCUCCAGAGACAAGGACAGUGGAAGAGUAAGAAGACACAAAGCUAAUGGCCAGUCAAGCCGGUUACUGAAGGUUAAACUAAACCUGAACCCUCUACGAAAAAGCAAAGUCCAUCCUAAGAGGAAAACUGAGCAUGGCCACUCGGAGAAAAGCAGCCCAAAGGAGAGCAAAGAUAAAAGGCCGGAUGGAAAAGAGAGAGGAGAGAGGGUAGGGAAAGGAAAGUCUGGUAAGAAAACGAAGAGUAGCAGCGAGAAAGCAAAGAAAUCCACCAAGACUAAGGGAUCGACUGAGGAUGGUGUGGAAAAGAAGGAAGGAGGAGCACAGAAAAGCAAAAUAACUCCCAAAGGGGGGGCAGGUGGGCAGGAAAGUACUGAAGGCAACCAGGGAGAGAAUAAACACCCAGAGAACUCCCAACCUGCUGAUACCACUAAUACUGCUGACCAAUCAGCCUCUGCUAUUGCCAUUGGACAGAGACAAAAUUUGCAGGGUGGGACUAUUCAGUAUCAGGGAGCUGGAUUGGUUCUUGGGAGUGCUCAACUUUCCUCCCAGCAUCCCUUCUCAGCAGGCUCACAACUGACUGGCAGCAGCCUUGCUCUUUCAGGAGGGAAUUUUCUGCUCAACACCAUGACCCCAGGAUCUAAUGCACGGUUCCCCAACUAUCCAGCUAAUUCCAUUGCUCCUAGCAUAGCAAUCGGUGGGCCCAACAUGGCUCCAUUUGGUACCUCAGAUAGCUUCAGCAGACAAGCUGGGGCAGGCCUCAUGGCUCCUGCUACCUCUCUUCUAGCUAACACUGGAACUGCUAACUCUUUGCAAGCAAAUGCAAUGCAUAAUGCUCCUCUUCAUACCUCAGCUACCCAGCCUGCAGGACUAGCCCCAAACAUUACAGCAAACCCAGUUUUUAAUCCUGCACCUGGGCAGUCUCUCUUGCAGAGCCAGUUGCCUCCUGACAGCUCUCCUCUUAUAGCAAGACUGAAGUCUGAUCCAGCGCAGGGACAAGACCUUCAGACUAGCAGAGGAGCAAAUCAGCAGCCCCUGGAAUCUCAAGCACCCCAGUCAAAGGAGAGCCUCACUCUCCGAACUCAGACACCUCCAAAUGCAGAUGUUUUUUCUGAGGUGACCCAUCAGGCUCCCGCACCAGUGACCAGUGCAGAGAAUUUGUCGAACAAUAACAGUCAGACAGAGACCGGGUGUGUACCUGCUGGAUCUACAGUCAGUGUAUCAGCUGGGGUUGUGGCUCUUGCUGAAGGACUUUCAGCAGGUGUGUCAGGAGGCAGCAUGCAGGCAGCAGAUGUGUCCGUAUCAGGUGUCUCUGCACCCAGUAUGUCUACACAGAGUGUAUCCUCUACAGGUGAUGCAGUUACGACUGCUGCAUUGCUGCAGCAGGAGUACCUGUUAGAAGAAGGAGGAUCGUCCCCCAGGAGGAAGCUGAAGCUGGUGCUUCCUGAGAAGACAUCCGGCCGACCACCCACUGCACUGGAGAGGAAAAUACGCUAGCUAUCAUAGUUAACGGAUGACGUUAUAAUUUAAAAUUGAGUUUUAGAUCAGACACCAAAAAUACUGUAGAUGACACUGAUGCCUUCAUCAAAAUGUAUUUAUUAGGAUGUUUUACAGAUGUUAAGUGUUUUAUUUUUAUAAUUAUAUACAGAAAAAAAAAAAAAGCUUUCAACCAUACCACAUGAUCUUAACCAGCAGUUGUCACAGAUGUUCAAUUCCAUUUUUUCACAGCACUUAAAGGACUUAUUGUCUAUGUUGGCUUACAAGUUGAGAUUUAGUUGAGUAGAAUCUCUGCUUUUAUUUUUGAGUUUCAACCUCACUUCACUAACUAACCACACCUGUUGCAUGCAGCUUCUCAAUUCACUUUACUCGAAGCAAAAAGAAUCACAAAAUACACAACAUAUUUUAACUCACACUGUCUUGGCUACUGGCACUUUAGGCUGCACAUUCAGCUUGAAAAGCAAGGAAAUAGUAUGCCAGUUCACAAAAAUAGGUUUCACUCAUCAAAUCCUUGUUCAAAACAUGAAAAACUGAUUCCAGUGAUGUGAAUAGAAGGUGAUAACAAAAUCCUCCAAAACAUGGGGGAAAAAAGUUUUACAGUCUUCAAAACCUGCUUCUUUACUCCUAUGUUUCUAAUUUCCGAACCUGUUGCUGGGACCCCCACUGUGGGUCGCCAAAGCUUCACAGGGGGUCAAGAGGCCUUCUUCUUUUUAAGGGGGUGUAAUAAAAUGUUUUUUAACUGUUUUUAAAGUUGUAAAUUUGUUAGUAUGUAUGAUUGUUAAAUACA